AUGUUUCGUUCAGGGUAUAUCAAACGCGCAGCUACAGUGACGUUUACAAUCCACGAGAUGCGCAUCCCUGAAGAAAUCUCAGAUGAAUUCUUUAUUCGUUGGAAACGCGGAAGUUACAACGGGAUUACCGAGAGAUCAAUCAUGUCUGAAUCAAUGUCGGUGUAUUUCGAAAAGAGAUUUUCGUGUAAAGUUCAUAUGUUUGUAAACAAAAAAGACGAGUCAGUAAAACCAAAAUAUAUCUCAUUUCAAGUUUACAGAAUGAAAAACGGCAAAGAUAAAAAGAUAUUCGGUGAAGUUGAUGUUGAUAUAUCAAAAGGAUACCAGCAUCGACCAAUUACAGAAAAAUUUCCUCUUAGAAGUCCACAUUCAAAACAAUCUCAGUUAAUUCUCACAUACACAGUCCAGGCUGAUGUAAGCACUGGUAAAGAUGAUAUCGAAGUUGAUUUAACAUCAACAAGCGAAAUUGGUUUUGUUGAUGAUAAAUCAGAGCAUUGGGACUUCUCAGAAACAAAGAAUCAAGAAGAUCAAGAGAAAAUCCAGAACUUUUUCGAUAUGAGAACGAAAAUGAGACAAGAAUCAAUGUUGAGCCAAUUUGGAGCGAUUCCGUCUGCCAGAUCUCAUCAACAUAAGAAUUUACAUCAAUUACCAAUCCCAGAGCAUGGAUCUAAGCCAAGAUUUAGCCAACCAAACGUAAAUCCUUCUCAAAAUGUUCCAGAACCAGCUCAUGCAAAAACUCCUGAAAAGUCAUCCGAUACAAGUGAUUUGAACAGCUUUCUACCAGCUCCGAAAGCAGAAAAACAAGAAGAUCCAGCGAAAUUACUCAAAUCUUUAUUAAAUACGAAUUGGGGAAAGUCUCCGCUUACAUACGAUGAAUAUCCAAGGCCAUCUAUUGUUAUAUAUACCGCUUUCCUUCAUACUCAGAUUAUUUCAAAAGAAUUAACAAUGCCAGAUUCACAAUUCAAUGAUAUUUUCGCAGAAUUCAUGAAUAAGUACAAAGAUGCUGAUAUUAUAUUAAAUGCAACGCACAUAGAUCACUUUAUUAUAUCCCUUUACUUAAUGUUGUUAUUUAAAUCGACUCCUAACGCUAUUCCUCAAAGAAUAGAGCUUAUUUCCAACGCAAUGAAGGAACAUUGUGCUAAAUUGAUGACAAAAAUCGUAGAUCCUUAUACAACUGAGUUUGAAAAAAUUAUUGACAACUUAGUAUCAAUGGAAAUUGAUCCUUCUAUAGUUACAAAUGAUAUCAUCAACUUAAACGCAAAUAUUGAAGGGAAAUUAUACGGUUCUGAGCCAAUAAAAGCAUUUUUGUCAAAUUAUAUCAUGCAAUGCUUCGAUGAUCAGGUUGUUAGACAUAUUGCAACAACACCGCAAGUAUGUACAUUCACGGCAGCUGUUCAGUGGAACUCUACGAACACUGUAUUAAGUGAAAAAGGAUUUAAUUUUAUUUGUUUCAGAGAAGCGGCCGCUGUAAUUAUGAUGAGCCAGAUAUUGUGUCAGGACCCUAAUUCUUGCCAGGAUGUCUGUCCUCAUUUGAAGAAAGACAUAAUUCUCAAAAUUUUGACAAAUCAGCAGCCAGAUGACUUCAAUCCGAUACCAAAUGACGUGAUACUGUUCUCUAAGACAUUUAAUAUCCAGCAGACUUUUUACGUUCCGAAAAUUUUGGUUUAUUCAGGCGAUUUUUCGGAGAUUGAAGACAAAAUCAAUGUUGGAGAUUGGAAACUGACGAAAUUUGACCAAUCUACAUUAACUGCUUUCUCAUUCCUGAAGAAAUUCUUUAAUAAUAAUAAUCCUGAAUAA